AGUGAACCGAACUAUAGCGCUAGCGUCGGGACGCGGAGCAUCGUGGCGCGAGCGUCCAAUUAGUGAGUGCAAUAGGCCGGACGCUCGCCGCCUCGAGGUGCAAAGGGAAGGCACGUGGGUGGUCACGUGCGGUGGUGACAACAUUUGUUUAUAUGGUGCGAUUACAGACCGGAUUCGAACUCGAGUGAUGACCGAUUGAAGUUUAUGCAAUAAUAAUGUCUGAAGAAUUCCCGUGUACCAAGUGCAUAUUUAAACAAACUACUAGCCUAGAAAAAUUUCACAAAAAGUUCCCAUGAUAAUGUUCAAUCAAAUCACCGAUCAUUAUGACAAACUCGUCGAACGACAACCCUCGAACACCUGAAGAUCUCAGAAACCAAAAUGUUGGAUAUCUUCAGAGGACUGAAAUCCCUUCUACGUGUCAGUGCUAUACAUAUCGAUUCGCCAGUGUUUCGUCUACAUUAUUCGAUAACAGUAUCUAUAUUGAUUGCGUUUUCGUUGAUUGUGACUACGCGGCAGUACGUAGGUAACCCAAUAGACUGUAUCCAUACAAAGGAAAUUCCAGAAGAUGUGUUUAAUACGUUUUGUUGGAUUCAUUCGACGUUCACGGUGUCUACGAAUAAACAGGAACCGUAUGCGAGAAUGUAUUUGCCAGGCAGUCCUGGAAUAAGGACCACGUAUGACGAGAAGGAAAAGAAAGUGUAUAAGUAUUAUCAGUGGGUCAGCUUUUGUUUGUUUUUUCAAGCAAUUUUAUUCUACACCCCAAGAUGGCUUUGGAAAUCGUGGGAGGGAGGCAAAAUUUGCGCCCUAAUGAUGGACUUGGAUGUGGCUGUAUGUUCGGACAUCGAAAAGAAACAGAAAAAAAAGCUGAUGAUUGAUUAUUUAUGGGAGAAUUUGAGGUUCCACAAUUGGUGGGCGUACCGUUAUUACUUCUGUGAAGUUUUGGCCCUUAUAAACGUUAUUGGGCAAAUGUUCUUGAUGAACAGAUUCUUCGACGGUGCCUUCCUCAUGUUUGGCUUCGAUGUCAUCGCUUUCGUCAACGCCGACCAAGAGGAUCGGAUCGACCCCAUGAUCCAAAUUUUUCCCAGAAUGACCAAAUGCACGUUCCGAAAGUACGGCGUUUCCGGUGACGAAGAAAAACACGACGCCCUUUGCAUAUUACCAUUAAACGUAGUCAACGAAAAAAUUUACGUAUUCCUAUGGUUCUGGUUUAUAAUUUUAGCCAUACUGACAUUACUCACGGUGAUUUAUAGGAUAGUCAUAAUAUUUUCGCCACGCAUGCGUGUUUAUUUACUCAGAAUGCGUUACAGACUGGUGCGAAAAGAAGUGAUAGACACUAUAGUGCGUAGAAGUAAAAUGGGAGAUUGGUUUCUGUUUUAUAUGUUGGGUGAGAAUGUGGACUCGUUAAUAUUUAGGGACGUUUUACAGGAUUUGGCGCACAAAUUAAAUCGGCACGAUUUUCAUCACGCGCCUGGAUUUAAGGGUGAAAUUCAGGAAGCCUAAUCCCUUUUUGAUAGCUUUUAGUAUCUCAGGAUCUCAAAAUGCGGUUUAGUUCAUCGAUAUUUAUGAGAAAUUGCCAAUACAAUUAAUUGAAUAGUGCUUGCAGCGAAAUUAUUCAAAAAAAAAAGAACGGAAUUCUCUUUGAGCCAUAUUUUGCUUCUACACCAGUUAAAAAUUAGUGCACACAUUAAAUUAUUAUAAAUUCUGCUUUUUCCUAUAAAAUUAAUGAAAAUAGGUACACAAUGGAAUAUCUGAUAAGUCGUUACAAGCUCUUCUAAACUAUUUUUGAAAUACCUACCUAGCUAUUCAUGUUUGGGCAGGUUUUCACUAAAGUUGCGGUUUAGAAAACCCAAAAGGGAAACUUAUUAUACAAUCAAAAAUUUUUGAUAUUUUCCAAAUUUUGAAAUCAUUUCUAGCUUCUUGCAAAUUACACAACUAUAAUUAUAAUACAAUAAAAAUUUAUCCCUCCUUUCUCAUAACCAUAACUUCUUCUAAUCCUAUUUCAAAAUUAUUUUUAAGACUCAUCAGUACCUACCUAUCAAUGCUUUGAUAAUUUCCUAAAUCAUGUUUUCUCUUUGGUUUUCUAGAUAUCUGCUAUAACAAAUGAUAAUCUUCUUUGAGUAACUAUCCAAUUUGUAGGUGUUUCUUUCUAGUAUAAAAAUUUUGGACGAAAAGAUCAAUUCUUGACACUUUGUCGAACGCGCAAUGGAAUAUUCACUGUUUAGUUUGAACAUAUUUUCAUAAUUACUAUUUUAAAAAUGAUCUUGCAAAAACUCUUUACACUGCCAAAGAAACUAUAACUAGAGACGUAAAUUUCCGCUGUGACUUUAUGUGCCAAAUCCCAAGUGCCAUAAUAAAUAAAUUUAAUUAGAGACCUAUUAUUAUUAUUAUUAUUGUAUUGUGCCAAUUUAUUGUGUGAUAAUGACAAUAAGUCAAUACAUUUAUUAAUUAAUUUUUAAAUAGAGUAGGAAACAUUUUAUUUAUUUUGUUCUGUUUUAUUAAAAAUUUCAUUCUAACAAACAUUCCUAGUCAAAUGAAAGGCUUUAUGUUUUAUCAGAACUUUUGCUUUCCUUCUUUGUGUUUUAUUUAUCUCAUGCCAGCUUUUUUUUACCAAUAAAAAAUAUAAAUGUCAAUCCAGUGACCGCAGUGUAUAUACUUUAUUAAAAUAUCAAAUUUGUUUUAGGCCUCCACUUUUAUAUCUGUAAUUUAGUUUAUAUUAUUUAUUUUUUUGUUAAAGAAAAGUCGUUAUUAGGAUUUUGUUGUUUUGUAAUGUAUUGGAAAUAAAACGAGAUACUUUUAGACUUUAGUGUCGAUUUGUAUUUUCACUUGAA